AUGACGGAUAAGGGAAAUGACGAAGCGGUGCCAAGAGUCACCGAACAAAUGAGAGAAGUGAUUGCUGAAGAGGUAGGAAAAGCAAUCGAGAACAGCUUGUCGGGUUUCAUCGAUAAAAUCCAAAACACGGUGUUAUCAGUGGUGGAUGAAAGAAUAAAGAAAUUGGAGGAUAAUGCCAAUUUAGCUAAGGAGAAGUUGGGAGAGCGUAAGGGUUGCUCGUACAAGGAAUUUAUGGCAUGUAAACCACCACUCUAUCACGGAGAAGUGGAUCCGAUGGUGUGCCAAAGAUGGUUGAGUGAUCUUGAAGGGGUGUUCGAGAGAACCCACUGUGAUACAAGUGACUUCGUAGCUUAUGGCACGGGUCAACUGAGGGGCCAAGCAAAAGACUGGUGGGAUAAUAAGAAAAAGGAGAUUGGUAGCGAAGAGGCGAAGGCGAUGACAUGGGACGAGUUUAAGGUACCAUUCCUUAAACAUCACAGUCCUAAAGCGGUUAUCAAUCGGAUCAAGGAAGAAUUUAUCCAACUUAGACAGAAGGGUGAGUCUAUUGAUAAGAUCACGGGAACCUUUCUUGACAAACUAAGGUUUUGCGAUGAGUUGGUGACAACCGAAGAACAAAAAGUGUAUUAUUAUUAUUAUAAUAUGCUAAGCGUGAAAUAUCGGGAGUUCAUGACUCCCUCAAAAUACGAAACCCUCACUGAAAUCAUCAACGCCGCUCGAGAAAGAGAAAUAGAGUUAAAGAAGCAAAUUGAAAGGGGUGAAAGAAGGGCACAAGAGGUAAAUCCAAGCCCUAUGAAAAAGGCACGCAUGACUGACUCAUCAAAGAAACAAGAAGGAAAGAGCAGUACGCCAAGUUGUAAAGUGUGCGGAAAGGGACACAAGGGUGAGUGUCGAUUUAAGGACAAGCCGUGUCCUAUUUGUGGGAAGACAGGGCACACGGCUGCAUUGUGCCCGGGGAAAGUUUCGGUAUGCUACAAAUGUUAUCAGCCGGGUCACAAGAAAUCCGAGUGCCCGGAAUUGUCUGGAAAGAAGGAAGACAAGAGUGCGCACACCGAAGCACCAAAAGCAAAAGCUAGAUCUUUCUAG